CCGGGGACGCUGCUGGGCAUCGACACGGAAUUCGUCGCGCACUCGCCCCCGGACAAGGUCAUGCGAGGGGGGAUUGAGGUGGAGACGCGGCCGUCGCGGCUGGGCUUGGGGCGGGUGAGUGUGGUGCGAGGGCAGGGGCCCCUCUCCGGCCGCGCAUGCAUCGACGACUACAUCCGCGCCACCGAGCCCAUCUUCGACUACCUUACCAAGUGGAGCGGCCUGGUGCCAGGUGACCUGGACCCGGCGCAGUCGCGCCACCACCUGACCACCCACAAGGCGGCCUACCUCAAACUGCGCUACCUGAUCGACGCGGGCGCCAUCUUCGUUGGCCACGGCCUCAAGAAGGACUUCCGCAUGCUCAACAUCCUCGUGCCCCCCGCACAGGUGGUUGACACGGUGGAACUGUUCCACUUCAAGCGCCAGCGCAAGCUGAGCCUGCGCUUCCUGGCGGGCUACCUGCUGCGCGCAUCCAUCCAGCAGGACACCCACGACUCUGUCGUCGAUGCGCGCACCGCCCUCUCCCUCUUCCAGGCACGCAAUCGCUGCUCCCUUGAUAAUAACAGGAUUAUGUGA